UCUCUCUCUGUUUCUCUCCUUUUUUGUCUCUCGAGUGUUACAGGAGCUGCUCAGUCGGAUAGAUGAGAAUCGUAGCUCGUGGGCAUUUCGUUGAACAAAGCUUGGACGUUGAUCUUCUCCGAAAAUCGGUCUUCCCUCUCAUAGAAUACGCUGAGAACGAUUCAGAGUUCGCCUACGAGAAUCGUUUUUUAUAAUGGAACGGCCACGGGCGACAAUCGCUUCGGAACAGAGUACUUUAAAUCGUUCUCGAACUACCGUGUCUUUAGGUAUUCAGCGCUGAUCCUCCGUGACAGUUCGAUCGGACAAAACAACGCGAUUCAUUACACCUGGCAACAGAUGCUUUCAUCGAUUCGACUCGAUACUGACCUUUCUUUCGAUGUCGACUGACGAAAGACAACGCGGGAUCUUCCCUUCUCUUAUCUUUACGUUUAUCUUGAUCGUUUAAAAGCUCGUUACAUCUCGUCGCGACGUAUAUGUAGAGAUCUCGACUCCAUCUUCUUGACGGUGCAACGGAAAGACGUAAAUCGCUACCAAAACAUUACCGAUUCUUCGAUACCCGAAUUCGGAGUCAGAAUGCACAGGCUGUUUCCGAAAUAGAAAACCAAAUUAAAACAUUUUCUUAACGAGUUCUAUACCUCGGUGGAAGCAGACGUGCGUGACAAGACACGCAGUAGUAAAAGUCAUCCAGGAUACCUGCAAACUACAUAGGACAUUAUGUAGUUUCCUACUGCAUAAUACAAUAAUACGGAGUAACUUCUAAUAAUGUUUAAUCGAAAGGUCCAAGUAACAACUUUAAAUUGUCAAUAUUAUCUUAACGAUAUGUUCAUACUUUCCAAACUUCGUUCCUCUUUCUUUCGUGUUCGUUGUUUCAUUUAUUAUGUUAAAUGAUCGGCGCAAUUUUCCUUCCAUUUUCAUCUAUUAAUUAUUCUAUCACAUUAAAUUGGUGGCGGCGGUCAUCGGUGACCCUCCCAUCAAUAUGGUAACGAGUUACAAAUCUAUACUAUCGUGUUACAAUCCACAGCGUGUUAACGCGAACGUGAAAAUGGGUACAUAUACUAGAACGCGUUAUAACAAUUAUUAAUGACGUAAUCAUUUAACUUUCCAAUUUAUGCUUUCAAUCUAUUACCUUACAUUAUUAUUGCCCUAAUAACAAUGUUGUAUUAUUGUAAACCAUAUAUUCUAAUUUUCCAACGCCGAUCAUAAGCGAACAUGAUACAUUAGCCAUGAUCCUAUCAUUUGUUUUUCAACGUUAACACUAGAAUAUUACCUAAUGUACUCUAAUGUACUCUAAGCUGCCUGUAAUAUAUUAAUCAUUUAUCGAUCGAAAAAUGUAAAUAAUUCCGAAAUAAUUUCCGAAGCGCUCAGUAUACACGGACGAGUUUUUGCAUUAUGGAAAUCCACGAGACUUUACGACUUUUCAAAGAUAUCGCGUACAUUUUCUUAUCUCGGUUUAAGGCUCUCCGAGAAAACGUUUAUCUCCGUGGCGUGUAAAGAGGAUGGAUAGACUCCGCGAAAUCAGCAAUGAUCUCGCUCCAUACCGAGAUACGUCCGUUGCCAACCUUUCCAUCCACCCUUACGCUCGCGUGAAAUAUUUAUACGAGCAUGUAGAUAGAUCCAAAGGAAAGGGUAUUUUCGGUGAAAUCACGGAACGCGAUGAUCAAUACCGAUUUCAGCUUACCUGCUAAAUAAAUCGAGCCGCGAAAUUUCGUUCGAUUCGUGUUCGCGUUCGAUCGCAUCGGGACGAAUAUCGGUAACGAAAGAGUAGGCAGCAACCAUGAAAUCAUGGUUUGCGCCGUAUCGGACUGUUUCACCCGAUGGGAACGCGAAAUCGGACACAAGUUUUUCUUAUUCUUCGCGAGCGUUCUGCAUUUUCAAAACGUUCUGGGGAAACAAGACGAAGGAUCGGACGAAAAAUAUGACUCGGUUAUGCCGAGUAUAGAGUCGACCCAAUUUUUCUCUGUAUUUCUUUUUUCACUUACUCGAUGCUCGAGAAUUACCGACGUACGCGUCGAAUGUCGGUCGCUUCAAACGAGAUUCGCAAAAACUAGAAGGUAGUCGCGCGGGGAUCGGUCCGACCAAUCGUUUCUUUUUCUACUGCGAGAAACUCUCUUCUGGUUCGAAGAUAAACGAACGAAAAUAGAAGGGAAAAAAUAGGGAUGGCAGGCUACGAGUUUAAGGGGUUGUUUAAACGUUUAUAUGUUAUUGGCUCGAGAAAGCCCCUUUCCCCAUCUGUUCGAAUUCCAGCAGAUCGACUAGCAUCCUUCGAAUUUCGUAUUUAGCUUUCAGAUUCUUUUCCCACGGAUAUCAACCGUGCUCUUUAUCCUCGAUUUAACGUCCAACUACUAAUAAUAUACGUCUUAACGAUAACGUUCGUUCGGUAAGCAACUAUCAAAGAAUCUUGAAACACUCGACGCGUUCGAUCGCCGGACAUUAAAAGGUUAGGUUUCCGCUUCUACAGUUUGUCUCUGCAAUUAUUUUCAAGCUAUUUCGAUAGCGUUUACAUUUUCACCGGACCUGUUAACGAUUAACGCGCGUGAAUUAUUAGUGUAGGAAAUUGCAUUAUAGAAGGUUAAGCUUCGUUCAUGAUCGUGUCAUUAUUCUCCUAUGAAGUGUGCACGAAUUUGUAUGUUGAAAAUGAGUCUUCAAGUACCUGCGUACACAUAAAAGGAACCUGGAACAGGUUUUUUAUCGCUUGUUUCGAAACGAGCGAGUUCACCGAAGCAGGAAACGAGAAGCGUACGUGCACGAUGCCAGAUAGCGUCUCGUCAAAGGAUAAAGCCGGACCAGCAGCUAGCGGUUCGUCGCCGUCGUCGUCGUCGUGGUCGUCGGGCCAAAACUCACGGGAACCUCGUUCGAUUUUACACUUUUAUACGAGACCGGUCGCAGUCACGAUUUCCGCGUUGUUCCGGUGGCCGAUCGCGCGCGUCCUCUGAUUCCUGCUCGAAAAUAGAAGCAACGGAGAGUGCGGUGAACGCGUAGUUUCUUUGCGAACGAAAUCGUUCGUUCCGCAGCGGUACACGCGGAGAACGCAACGCGGUCAAAUGGAUGGGAACAUUAUCAAAUGGAUGCAAAUAUAUUAACAGGCGAUAUUCGAGGACGUUUAGCCGUUUCUUAACUUACCUAGCUGACUCGACACCUUAAUCUCGCGGUCGGUGGUCGAACCGAACUGGAACGAGCGGAACGGAAGAGGACAGGCAAAGCCAGAAGGCAGAAAAAACAGCCGAAAUCCAGCCGGGAGACUCCUAAUGUUUCUCAACGACAUGAAGCUGCUAAUGUUCUUAGCGGUAACGGGCUGCCUGUUGGGUUACUGCCAAACGGAUGAAAAAGUGUCGUUUUACGGAGCCAGCUACAUUCAUCUUCCGGUUCAAGAGGCCAAGGGUGCGACCGACAUCAGCUUCCGGUUCCGAACUCGUCUCGCGGACGCGAUGCUGCUAUUGGCCGCUGGCAAGACGGAUUACUGCCUGAUCAAACUCGAAGCCGGCAGAUUGAAGGUACAUAUUAAUCUCGGUGCCGGCGAAAGCGAGAUGGCCAGUGCGCGUGGACUAACGUUGAACGACCUGAAUUGGCACGAGGUGAAUCUGACCAGAAGAGAAGCCAACAUAACUUUACAAAUCGACGUGAUACACACGACCAGAUCACUUCUACCAGGGCGUUUCUUCGAGUUGAACAUACACUAUGGUGUCUUCAUCGGGGGACAGGGUGAUUUCAACGAGCUAUUUCUAGGACACACAGAUUACUUGAGAGGCUGCAUGGCCGACAUCGUGUAUAACGGAGCUAGAGUAAUAGAAUUCGCGAAGUCAAGAAAGGGUCAGUCCGAGGCUACCGCCGUAACGUGGAGUUGCUCGCCGGAAUUCGACGCUACAAGGAACGCGGAAGUCAGUUUCGUCGAGGAUGGCGCGUUCACGGCGAUUCCAAGACUCAUUCCACGCUCCGGUUCAAAAUGGGAGUUCGAGUUGAAGAGCGGCGCAGAGACCGGUCUAUUGCUGUAUAACACCGGUCAAUCGCCGUACGCCGAUUACCUCGGGAUCGAGUUAUUCGAGGGUAAAAUACGACUUCUGAUGAACAGAGGGAACGGACCGACCGAAUUGAUACACGACACACCGGUGGCCGACGGCAAAUGGCAUCGGGUGGUCGUUGUUUUUAAUCCAAGCGGAAUAGGGAUCACCGUCGACCGGCAAGAAAAAACGAUCACCCUGCCAUCUGGUGGAAAUCGCUACUUAGACCUGGCGGACACCCUCUACAUCGGCGGCACAGAAUUGAACAAACGAGCCAGGGCGCUAGGUAAAGGACUGAAGUCCGGUGACGUGAGUUACAAGGGCUGUUUGAGGAAUAUGCUGCUGGACAACAAGGAACUAGGUCUACCGGACGUGAAGAUCAGCCAGGGUAUCGUGGUCGGUUGCGUUUGGGGCUUUCCCUGCGUAGACGCUGAUCCCUGUGUUUCCGGUGCCACUUGUUCGCAGCUGGGUGUCAGCUCCUUCAAAUGCGAUUGCGACCAGGCAUUGUGUAUCAAGCCAAAUUAUGCCGAAGAUUACAAGGUUUAUUCGAAGGCGAAUUUACCCGCGAACCUAGAGAUACUUUCCUUAAGCCCUCUAAUGGUGUCGGAGGGGGAACACGUGCUGGUGACGAGCGAUAACAUUGCCAUGGUACUAGACAUCGCUAAAUAUGGGGUAGAAGAGGACGGUGUUAUAUUCACCUUGGUAACGCCGCCCGCCCAUGGAACAUUGGCUCUGGACCUCUUAACGACCAGAACCGAGCAAACCUUCACUCUUCAGGACGUUAAUCAAGAUAAGAUACGAUACAUGCACGACGGUAGCGAAACCACAGAGGACAGUAUGAUCCUGGAAGUGACGUUGAUGGCAGGAGCUGGUUACACGUUACCAGGUUACCUCCAAGGUCGACUCAGAUUUCCGCUUCAUGUCAACGUUACGCCCGUCAACGAUCCACCUUUGCUCGAAAUAUCGACGGCGAAAGUGUUACGAUUGGCUCAAGGAACAAGGAAAAUUUUGACGAAAGAAUUAAUCUGGGCGAUCGAUGCCGACACACCGUCGGACAUGUUGGUUUACACGGUAUUACGCACGGACGCCGACGCCGGCUACGUCGAGAAGGUGACUCAUCCGUCGCGAGCCAUCGACACGUUUACCCAGGCCGAAUUAAUGCAAGGAUUAAUCGCAUACGUGCACCGUGGAAACGCGAAAUCGAACGCGAAGCUGGACCUACGGGUCAGCGACGGAAUAGAGAGUAGCCAACCAGCCAGUCUAAGAGUGGCGGCUCAUCCUCUGGAAAUCAAACUGAUGCACAACACAGGAUUGGUCGUCGUUCAUCGAUCGUUCUCCUACUUGACCCCGGCGAAUCUCUCGUUCACCACCAAUUCCGACGACAGCACCAUCGACAUACGUUACGAUAUCGUGUCGCAGCCUCGAUUUGGCACGAUACAAAAGCUGAAGGACGUCUCGAGCAGCUGGACCAACGUGGAUCAUUUCAGCAGCAGAGACAUCGAGCUACACGCUAUACGAUACCUUCACAACGAGGGCAGUCCGAAUCAGGACGAAUUCAAGUUUCAAGCGAGCGUCAGAGAAGCGAGAACGCAGCAUACUUACGACUUCCGCGUCACCUUCAUAGAUCUCGAAUUGAAAGAAACGAAAAGAGCCUCGGUUAACUUCACUAACGUGGCCGAGGUGAUCAUAACCGGUAAAAAUCUGAAAUACCAAACGAAUCCACUGAUUACAGCUUCGAACAAAAUUAUAUUUACCAUGUUGACGGGACCAAGAUACGGCAAUCUGUUUCUAUCGAAUAGAAGACUAGGAAUUACCGACACUUUUACUCAGGAAGACGUGGACUCCGGUAAAUUGAGAUAUCGGUUAUAUAAGAGGGCUUAUUCGACGAUCCUGGACGAGUUCGGUUUCAAAGUAAGCGCACCGCAAUGCAUCGAUCUACAUUCGAGUCUCAAGUUCAGACACUACCUCGGUAAGAACGCGAAGCCGUUGGACAACGUCGAGACGUUGACGGUGAACGAAGGAUCCAAAGCACUCGUUCGAAUCCUGCAUACCAAUCCGAAAGAUUACGGUGUCGCUUCGCUGGUCUACAAUCUGACUAUGAAACCUCGCCACGGUUGGUUAACCGUCACCAACGACUCCAGAUCUUACACGAGAAACGACACCGAUCAUUUCACGUCCGAGGAGCUGCUCUCCCAAAGGGUCUACUAUGUCCACGAUGAUUCGGAGACUCGAGAGGACUCGUUUCAGUAUAUGGCGAUCGCUUCGGACUCGGUGGAUUUCAUGUACGUCGGUCUGUUUCGCGUGAACGUGAGCAUGAAAAACGACAACGCGCCGGAACGCACGGUGAACAAAGUGUUCCACGUGGUGUCCAACGGCGAGAGAUUGCUGACCAACAAGGAUCUAGCGUACGCGGACAAGGACGUGGACACGAAGCCUAGCGAAUUGAUCUACGCGAGGAGGGACAAACAGAAGUACAGAUUGUACAGAGUGUCAAAUCUGACGAUGCAGAUCCACGAGUUCAGUCAACAGGAGAUCGACGACGGUCGCAUACUGUUCAAACACCAGGGGGAGGAGAACGGUAAAUUCGAGUUCGGAGUGACGGACGGAUACUUUUACGUGACAGGCGUCCUCGAGAUUCAGGCUGGUGCUCCUUACGUGAUGCUGAAAGAGAACAACGGAUCCGUGGUACAAUUCAAUCGAUCGAUCGCCUUACGACCCGACCAACUCGGCGUCGAGACGAACGUCUACGUUUCCGACAAGGACAUUCGAUACACGAUACUGAAGAAACCGAAGCACGGCCAGCUACUAGUACACGGCAAGGAAACAAACGUGUUCGUCCAAGAGAAUCUCCGCGAUGGAAUAGUAUUGUACAAGCAUCUCGGUGGCUCGUUGGCCAAGGACGACUUCGAGUUUAGAGUAUCGGUGAAAGGAGCCGAAACGGAAGGCGUCUUCCCCGUCAAAGUGUACCCGGAGAGCUAUUGGCAGCCCCUGAUCGUUCAAAACAACAAAACCAUCUUCGUGGAGGAGGCUACCAGCGUUUUGCUGUCCAGAAAGAGCCUCGAAAUCAUGCAUCCUAAGAUACCGGAGUCAGAGAUCGUUUAUUUGGUAAAGGAAUGGCCGCAAAACGGUUAUCUGGAGCUGCAGAUCCACGACGAGCACAGCGAGGAGACUCGAGACGAUUACAUCGGCAACGCGGUCAAAUCUUUCAGCCAAGCUCACGUGAACGAGGCUCGCGUUUUCUACGUACAAUACGUGAUUAAUCAGACGAACGACAAAUUCGUGUUCGACGUAACCAACGGGAUCACUUGGUUGAGAGACCUGAGCGUGAAUUUCGUGAUAGUACCGGACAAAUUGUACGUCGAAGCGAAGAGUCUGGUCGUGACCGAAGGGAAGAGCGCGUUUCUCGACGAAUCCAACUAUUCUAUCCUUACUCCUUACUAUUCCGGGAAAGUGACCGACUAUCGUGUCAUCGAGAAGCCAAAACAUGGAACCAUUCUAGACACGACGAAGAAUUCUCAAGCGAAGAAGUUCUCGCAGAAACACCUGACUGCCGGUAUAAUAUCGUAUAAGCAUAACGGAGACGAGUCCUCGAAAGACUCGUUCAAGAUGGUUCUCGUUGCUGGGGAUAAAAUCAGCGAACCGUUCGAUGUUUGGGUGAUCGUGCAACCCGUUAACGACGAACUACCUGUACUGGUCAAUAAGACAGGACUGACCGUCUGGCAAGGUGGUUCGAUCGUGUUAACGUCCGACAGUUUAGCAGCCGUUGACAACGAUACCGCCGCUCACGACAUAACGUUUAACGUGACCGGGAUUAGAAACGGAUUCAUCUCGUUGAAAUCAUCGCCGGAUACGGACACGUACAAUUUUACUCAGCAGCAGAUCGACCAACUGAAUGUGAUGUUCACGCAUACGAAUGGAACCGAUGCCGAAUUUCGUUUCGUCCUGAACGACGGAGUGCACACGACCGAUUCUUACACGAUUCCGAUAACCACCAAGCCAGUUCGUUUGUCCAUCGAACGCAACGCCGCGCUGAACGUUUUUCCUCUGACCAGGAAAUUGCUAUCGAACAAAUCGCUGCUUACGAAAUGUUUGGACCACGAGCGAGAAAUAAAGUACGCGAUAAAAAACGGACCACAUCUUGGCAAGAUCAUCAUGGAGACGAGCGAAGGUGCAUGGUUGAACGUUGAUCGAUUCACGCAAAAGGAUAUCAACGAGAGCAAAGUGUUUUACGAGCACACCAAACAGUUCAUGGACCUGUCCGCCAACGAUUCGUUCACGUUCGACGUGGAAGCGCACUUCACGGAAUCCUUAACCAAUCAGGUAUUUCAAAUAGACAUUUCCGUCUCGAGCGGCGGACUGGAUCGGUACAUCUCCGCGAAGAACGUGAGAGUCGAAGAAGGUGGUUCGGCUCAAAUCGUGAUGAACAUCAGUGGAAUCGUGUCGUUUCUCCAAACUCAUGCUGGUAUCGAGAAUCCGGCGGUACUCUCGAAACUGGUUAGUCAACCUAACCACGGUCACGUGAUGUUUCUUCCGGACGUGAACGUUACCACUUUCUCUCAACCCCAAAUCGAAGGUGGAAAGAUCACCUAUUACCACGACCACUCGGAUACCUUGGAGGAUCGUAUUCAUUUUUCUCUCUACCUAACACCGGGUCACAUUCUCCUAUGCAACGCCACCAUCUUGGUCAUAAUCGAACCGGUGAACGACGAACCCUUCAAGUUGAUAACGAACGCUCCGUCCAUCACGGUCGUUCAGAAUCAGAACCAAACUAUAACCAGAGAGAACUUACUGACCAUCGACCCGGACACUCCGUCGGAAGAAAUUAUAUACCAAUUGAUAUCCGAACCUACUUACGGUCGUCUGUUGCUGCUACCGUUUAACGAGAAUGUUUCGGAGGUGCGUCAGGUGGACAAAUUCAGUCAACACGACGUCGACUCGAACCGACUGGUUUUCGAGCAUAACGGUCCGCUUCAAGCAGCCUCCUUUUACUUCAGAGUGUGGGAUGGCCAUUUUAAUCCCACGUACACCUUCUUCAACGUUUACGUUCUACCCAUCAAGCUGAAUGUCACUGUCCCGGGUCCGGUGAAUCUGCAGCAAGGUUCGAACGUAGCCGUCAUCUCGGACAGUAACGUGAAACUAGACACUAACGCUAGACAGGACUUGGUGGAUUAUCAAGUAACGAAUGGACCAAAGCACGGUCUAUUAUACGUGCGCGAUAUAAAAUCAGCAACAGCUUUCAAACAAACGGAUCUGUCGUCGAAGAGCGUGAUGUAUAUGCAAAUGGACAUGACCGUUUCGAACGACAGCUUGGAAUUGACUGCCCGAUUGAGCGGAUUCGAGCAGAAAUACAUACGAAUCGAGAUCAAGGUGGUACCAUUGAUGAUCGUCAACUCCAUGAUAGCUCUGGCGGGUGAGAAGACGCGGAUAACCCUGCAACACAUGGACGCUACACCGUUGGCCAAAUUGACGGGUAGCAAUCCCGUCUACAGGAUCAUCAGGAAGCCGAAAUUCGGUAAAAUAAAGAGAAUCAGAAGAAGUUCCUCGUCUUCUGGCGAGAAACGCGGUACCAAAGAGAAAGAGGUAACCCAAUUCUUUCAUCAGGAGGUUAUGUCCGGCGUGAUUUACAUGGUCUGCAGAAAAAUACCGACAAUAGAAUACAAAGGAGUUCCGGAUAGUUUCGCGUUCGUCUUGGAAGCAUCCAUCUACCAGCCAGCCAUGGGAGAGUUCGAGUUUCGCGUGAAACUCGACAUGGACGAAUAUAACAUCACCCUCGGUGGACCAAUGGAUCCUGUCGGUCACGAAGGUGAAAUGGCGAUCGCGCCGAACAUGAGCAACGACUAUUUGUUGAUUCUGGGCAUGCUGCUCGGUGUAUUUUUACUCGGAGUAGUGGUAAUUAUCACCAUCCGGUGCAGGCACAACAGAUACAAACACGCCGAAGAGGAGAAACCGGAAACAACGCCGGCGGUAGGCGUGAUGCCUCUACCAAGACCUCCGGAUCAUUUGAUGCCAGCCACACCGCAUUUAAAACGUUUCGCCAACGAUCACAAUAGCGUGGCUGCCAGCACACCGUUACCGGUACUGCCUACGAUGACGUCCACGUUGCCUCAGUGCAAAGUGAUACCUCUCAGUCCUUUGGAGAGCAUCGCCGGCUCAGAGGUCGACGUUUCGGCCAAGUAUCCUUACGGGGUCGCGGAUGCCGACGAAUGGAGCAGCUUCGACACGUCCGACCUACCUUGUCAAUCGGCCGCGACGCAGAGGACCAACAACCCCUUACUGAGACGAAAUCAAUACUGGGUCUAGCAGAAGGAGGGCUGUUCGCGAUCGAUGCGGAACAGGCCGUAACAUACCCUUUUACCUUCGAGAAAGACUGUUUUUUUUACAUAAGUCGAUUACUAUGGUCAUAAUGUGCCUAAAGAUAAUAACUGACUAUGCGAUGGACGUAUAUACCGGAAGCCUCGAUUUUAUACCGAAACCUUGACGGAAACUCUUUUUUUCCCGCGAGCGUAUCGGACCGUUAACGUCUACUGAUCUCGAGGCGAAACUCUAUAUUAAACAAAUAUAGUUCGCGUAUAGAAGAUUUUCUAUACUCAGGGCCGCUUUAAACCCGGGAUUCCCUUAAGCGCAGUUUCUCCAUAACGAAGCCCUUUUAUCUUGAUCGCGGCAAGAACAUCUCCGAGCCUUGCGACUAACAGCUCGUUUCUUCGCUGCUGACGUCGGUGAUCACGCAUAAGACAAUCUCGUCUCUUUUGCUACAGUUUAAUCGUUAAUGUGGAAACGUUGUGCAUUGUUUUCUUCUUCUUACAUAUUCGAUUAAUCCAGGCUGCAUCCGUUACACUCUAUAACGUCGACAACUUUUACGUAUUUCGAUUAGAAAAAUUCGGAAAAUUCGGAAAAUUCGGAAAAUAUUGCAUAUCGGUAUCGAAACUGUUAGCUAAUAUGUAGUAAUGUAAAUAUUGUCCAUCGGUUAUCGAUGUAAGAUAAAGGAACGACCCGGUACAAUGUCAUUGCAGUAGUUGAACGAUUAACGUCAUUCUACACAAUCGCGAGUCGAGGAUCAGAGUUUCCAUCGCGUUUCUUGUUUUUCUUUUUUUACACCAAGUACUCGAACAAAAACGUCGAUUAUAUGUAUAUGUGUAUCGAAACUAGGAAAGGAGAUACAUUUUGCGCAAUCUUCGCCACGAUAUAGCGAGAUCGUAAAACUGUUCGAAUGCCGAGAGAUUUUAAGGGAGAGAGUUUAAGGACGAUAAAGGGAUCCUGAAAGUUUCGACUUCGUUGGACGUCGCUUAACAAGAAUUUCCAUUUACAACUUAGCUAUAUCGUGACGGAGAUCGUACCAAGUGAUUCGCGGUGAAUCGAGCUAGUGGCCACGAAUCUUUCGAAAUCUCGAACAAUUAGACUUACUAAAUGUAAAGAGAUACAAAAGUCGAAACUGUAUCAUCGAUUAUUAUUGGAUCGAAUGUGCCUAAGAGAUUACCGAAUCUUGUGUAAGAAUAUUUCCCACGAGGCCUGCACAGUGGCCAGUUCGCGGCCUUUCUUCUUCACUCGGCGUCGAAUCGAAAUGUUUCUACAUCGGUGUUCAUCCUUCGGGUAAUACCUUAACAAGAAUAAAAGAAUAAAGUAAAUCGUCGAAUCGCAGAGCCGGAACACCGAUGGUGUCACACGAAUAUUCAUUGAAAAGAAAAACCGGGAGCAUCUAAUCUAGAGACAUAAACCAAAAACGAAACAAUAUACAUACCUGUACGUAAAAUUUUGUAAAAAGAAUAGUAUUAUAAAGAUUAACUGACUAUUUCGGAUUUAUAUACGUAUACACACACGCGCGCGUAAAAAAUGUAUAAAAAUUAUUCGCAACUUUUUUAAGAAUGCAUAUACAUGUGCGUUCGAAGCAUACCAAUGCAACAGAAACACUCGAGUUAUCGCACAUAUCUUUUUGCGUGUUGCAAGCGUACUUUCUAUCGAUUCUGUAUCACAUACGUCGAUCUAUCGAAUUCUUACCGAUCGAGUUCAAAUCUUUCGUUCAAAUACAAAGAUAAUGUCGCAACUUUUUACUUUUGUUACGAAACAACGAAAAGAACGAUCUGUCACGAAUCACGAGCCACAAAAGUUCGAGUAUCUCUCGGAUACUCGGAUAAUUGAAGAAUUUUUCUUUAACCGAAUAUUUCAUAAAUUCAUGAUCACCCGGAUUACCCAUAAACUGACAGUUUUAAUUCGAACUCGAUAUCGAUUCGCUCGAUCUCUUCAGUAUUAUGACAAAUUUAAUAAAUCGCUCGCUAAUCUGUCAGUAAGUAUUUAACGUUGUAUCUCUUUUAGGCCUGCGCAAAUUCACAGUGACCUUAAUCAUGAUUUCGUUAAAACUUUAGAUACAACGUAAUGAUGAAAACGCUCUAAAAUCGAUGUUAAUAUAGCGAUAAUGAUAAUAAUAAACGACAGUUGUUAUUAUUAUUAUUAUUAUUAUUAUAUGUACAUGUAUGUAUAAAUAUAUGACAUAUGUACACUACGCGGCAUAGAAAACACUGUUUCGCAAAUUCAUAAUAUAUUAUAAUUAUUAAUGUAAUAGUUUCGAUCGUGUGAUGAAACAGGAUAAGAAAAUCGUGUGUUAAUAAUUAACGAAUACGUAUAAUAGAAAAGUUAGGCUUUUUUACAUCCCCGAAGUGAACGGAUCCGAGUGCCAAACUUCUAUAUCGUGUAAUAUAGUUAUAUAGGAUUGUAUUUUCCCUGCCGACUGAAUGCCAUUACUCUUGUAAUUCAAAUAAAUUAAAUGUGCGAUGUUAUAUAAAGAAAACGUGCCAUCAGUAACACGAAAUUACCCGUUCAUUAUUAAUUUAUACAAUAUGUAACUAUUCAACAAUAAAUUUUCUCAAAAAAUUUAUCAAAAAAAUUGCUAAACAUUAUGUUUUAAAUAUAUAUGUAUACUAUGUAUAUUAUAUUUCAAGAAUUUCAUUCAGCACUUUACGGAAAAACAUACAUUAUUAACAAUUCGAUAUUCCGA